AUGUAUGUAUUAAGUAAAUGGAAUGUACGUGCCACGUACGUCGAGAAUUUCUAUCGAGUGAUAUCAUACCGAUGAGUUGAAAAAGAAAGCGACGAAUUUAUUGUGUACGGUUUGGUCACUCGUUAUGGUCCGCGAAUCAAUUGCCAGCGCAAGGAGUUAACCUCUUGCCAUGCACGUUCGAGAAUUUUUUGCAAUUCUCAAAAUUGCAAUAUUUCCUCAGUUUUAAAUAUAUUUAAAUUUAAACCCAGGCAAAACAAAUAAUAAAUUUAUUAUUUCUUGGUAAUUUCUAUUUAUUAGUGAUAUCACAUCGACGAGUUGAAAAAGAAAGCGACGAAUUUAUUGUGUACGGUUUGGUCACUCGUUAUGGUCCGCGAAUCAAUUGCCAGUGCAAGGAGUUAACUUCUUGCCAUGCACUGAUAUCACAUCGACGAGUUGAAAAAGAAAGCGACGAAUUUAUUGUGUACGGUUUGGUCACUCGUUAUGGUCCGCAAAUCAGUUGCCAGCGCAAGGGGUUGACCUCUCGAGAAUUUCUUCUCCCAAAAUUAAGUGUACCAGCGGAGCAGAGCAGUUCUGCGCGUUACGCGGAGGCGGGCGUCGCCGUGGCGCCGGAACGGGCGCCUCCUUCAAGAGGAGGACGCGAAGUGGGACGCGACGACGCGACGACGAGCGACGAACGGGACGAUGGUGGGCGAUCGUCACACGGUGGUCACCCGGUCGACCUCGACGUACCGCACAGAACUGUCGCUGUGUCAGCAAAUCACUUCCUUCCCGUCGAUGAUCGCCGUCUCCGAGGAGAUGCUCUUCAGCCGGUGUUGCGAUAUCGAACGGUUCGCCCGUUGCCUGCAGAUCCGCCAGAUUACGAAGAAGAUCACGCCGAGGAUCGUGACGACCGCGAGGAUCCCGAGGCCGAGGUGGAGAGGCGGCAGCUGAAGCAAUACCGAGCAGUGGGUCAGGGCCUCGUCGUACCCCGAUGGACAAAGUGGCUAACUGGCGGCUCUUACCCCCACUUUUCUGAUCGCUAUCCCUUCCACUGCGUUGAGAGUGUCGCGACCACAACGCCCACGCUUUACUUCACAGACACUUGUCCAACUAAGUUUCCAAGAGUGCAAUCUUGGGGGAAAGCCGAACGAAGAAAUUCCUCGUGGCUUUGCGCCGAGUGUGUAGCGCCGUUCUCGAAUAAGAUUCUCCAAAUAGAAUCUUACUGGUUGUCGAAUGAAACGGAGAGAUCAGUGACAACUUUCUCAAUGGGGCCCUCUGUCGGCCCUCUUUGUAGAUACCCUGGCGGAUUGGCGACAACGCUAUUCCUAGGCUUUUCAACGGUGUGUAUAAUGUGAAAUAAAGAAGGAUCACUGCUUGGGUUUCUCGUUCAGGAUUUACUGACCGCUGAAGGAAUUGCUCAAUAUAAUUCCAACAAAUAAUCAUUAAGCAAGAAAAAAAAUGAUAAAAAGAGAGACAGAAAAUCUCCAAUGAAACGUUACCAAUAUUUUAUAAUUCUAUGCCAUAGUGGAAUAAUAUUGCAAAAGAAAUUUUAAGGAAUUGUUAUUAAAGAGGAGGCUUCAAUCUUCAAGAUGAUGGUGAAUCUAGUUGAAAGAAAAUUGUUUAAUAUUUGUAAGAACGUUUGAAUUUGCAAGAUAUUUAAGGGGAGAACUUUAUCUUUAAUUACUCUCUUUCAGGAUGAUGUGAAAAUAUCUUUGGAGGAAACGAAUAAGAUAUUUUGAAAGGUAGAAGCGUCAAGAUUAAAUGGAAGAUUGAUUGAACUUAAAGUUUAUAAAGUGUGAGAAUUCUGAGAAUGUGAAAAUAUGAGAAGCCAAACAGAAAAAUUCUUAAAGUUCUACAAGUUUUAAGUUCUUAAAAAGAAAAUUUUUAGACCUAUCAAUUAUAUAUUCAUUUCAAAGUAUGAAGCUCGCAAUUUCAAAAUCCUGCAUUCUUUUUUUGUCAAAAAGAUGUUUUUGUGUCAUUUUGAAAGAGAUCAAAAGAGUAAGAAUACUUUUUUCUUAAAGUACUAAGUCUUAAAAUACUUUUUUCUUGGAAAGUCAAACGUUUUCAUGGAAAUUGAAAAAUUCUUUCUUAUAACUAAAUUCACCAGCAAUGUUAACAUUAAAAUCUUUAUAUUUGUUGUAUGAUUUUUAUCUGCAGAGUUAAUAAGCUUAAAACAUCAAUAAUUCUUCAUUGUAUGUACAGAGACUUUUUGAAGUGACUGUAGAUAUUAAUGGGAAUGGGGGCUUUCUAUAUUGUUUUCACACACUUUCAAUUCAUGUUAAAUUCAUGUAGAUAAUAUAAUUGAGGACUUUGUAGCAAAAGGAGUGCAAUUCCAUUUUUGACAUUUUUUCAAUUAUAUAUGUAAAAAAAUAUUCUAUUUGAUAGAUUAUAGUACAGAUAGUGUACAAUAUAACUAAAAGUAUGUUCUAGUGUAGAAUAUACUAUAGUAUAGGAUACAGAAUAUAGUAUAGUAGAGGAUACUAUAGGAUACUAUUCUAUACUAGAAUAUACUAUACAGAAUGUACACUAGAAUAUACUAUUCUAUACUUUUAGUAUAUUCUACACCAGAAUAUACUAAAUAUAGUAUAGAAUACAGGACAUAGUAUAGUAAAGGAUACUAUAGUAUAUUCUACACUAGAAUAUACUAUACAGAAUGUAUACUAGAAUAUACUAUUCUAUACUUUUAGUAUAUUCUACACCAGAAUAUACUAGUAUAGAAUACAGAAUAUAG